CUCUCUUUAUAUAACUAAAAUGGCACCUAAACGAACAAAGAAAUCUACGAUACCAAAGUCACCUUCUGUAGAUGAUACUAGUGAUAAUGUAUUAAAUCUUACUUUGGAGAAAAAACCUUUUAAAAGUUCAAAAUACUCAACACCCAAAAAGUGGAAGAACUUGAAACAAAUCUUAACUUUGGAAAAGAAUCAAGACUUUAGUUUGGAUAUACCUACUUAUCAAAAUAUUGAAUGUCCUCCUUCUAUACGACCUCAAAAGAAAUAUUGUGAUGUGACAGGUUUGGAAGCAAACUAUACUGAUCCAAAAAGUGGAUUACGUUAUCAUAAUACUGAAAUUUAUCAAUUCAUUCGUACUCUUGGUGUUCCUAAUGUUCAAGCUUAUCUUGGUAGUCGAAAUGCUGCUGUAGUUUUAAAAUAGAUAUAUUAUUUAUUAUUAUUAUUCAUUGUACAUACAAACUAUAUAUAUAUAUUCAUUUAUUCUAAUCAAAUAAACUAUAUUAU